UGGGCGGGGUCUUAACUCGCGAGAACUUUGAGGUGCCGCAGGACGUCACGUAGCGCUCGCGAUACAAAAACUGCUGUGUUGGAGAUGAAAGAGCGCGCGCACUGAGUGAGUGCAUCAGCAUUGCAUGUUUCUCGUUCACAAUGGACAUAAAGACUGAAGCUCUAACCAAACCUUCCCACGGCUUUGCUUUACUAAAAGAGCUUGACCUGCAACGGAGAACAGGAACUUUCUGUGACUGUGUGAUACGUCUCCACAUGCACCCCGACCUUUUCUUGGCCCAUAAAAGUGUCCUUGCUGCCUUCAGUCCGGUGUUCGCCAGUCUCCUUCCUCAGCACGGUUCCUUCAUGGAUUUAAAUUUCCCUCUGCUCACACCACAAACCCUGGCUUUGCUUCUAGACUACAUGUACACAGGCACAUUGCCCCCAAAGGUUCAUGAAGAGCCAGUGAUGUAUGCAGCUUUCCAUCUGCAGAUGGAGCAUCUACAGCAUGCACUGACCUGCAGGAGGGAAGAGAAAGAGCUCACACACACUGUUCAGGACCAUACCAGAAGAAAGAGAGGCUUUACAGAGCAUGAGCCUUUAGAUAAGACACUUCUAUCUUCUUCAUCAUCUUUUACAUAUGGCUCAGACCCACCUCCACUGCCACCCACACCAACCUACGAGGUUGUGCCAGUUAUAUGCCACCUCAAGACAACAGGAAACAAUACACUUCCACUACAGACCCUCUGUCUUGAUCAAACCCUUCAUGCUGAGAAGGUUUCAGAGGCCAACAAACACCGUCAGAGCUCAAAGAUGUCAUCACACUCAAAAAAUGACAAGACAGAGAAUUGGGUGAAUGACAUCCCAAGUGUUGGUGCAGAGAAAGAUGAACAGUCCAAUAACCCCUGCAAGAUGGGACAAUUUCAGUUCAAUGACUCUCAGAGCAUCGCAACCACUGAUAAUAAAGAUCAGUGGGUACAUAGGGCUUACACCAGCAGUAAAUAUUCCUCUCCAGAACCAGACUGUAGAAGAAGUGACAAUAGUUGUGAUUCAGAUGUGGACAUUGUCCAGCCAUUGAAUCAUUUUGAAUCAGAAAAACAUGUGCCUGGAAUUCUCUCAGACACUUUUAGUAAUAAUAAGUCAUACAGCUCCACUGACAACAAGUCUGAGACCACAUCUCAGGCUUUUAGUCAGCAUUUCGUCAACAUCUCAACAAGUCUAAAAAGAGAAGACAGUUCAUAUUUAGAAAAUUCUUGUAGUACUGACACAAAUGUAACAUCUUGUGAAAAAAGGACUUCAGAUAUUAACAUGUGGAAUAAAAAAGGCCAAUACUGUGCUCCAAAAUCAGAAAAAGGUGCCUUGAGGGAAGAAUCUCCAAAAACCAUUCAUACUGAUUGCUGUGAAUUCUCCAGUCUGAGGAAAGACUGUGUAAAUGCCUAUCAUGGACACUUAAGAUACCAUUGCCUCCCAGAAUCGAACGAUUCAGACAGUGAUGAGACAUACCCAGGGCCACAUGCGGAUGUGAAAGAUGGCGCUGAAGUUCUAGAGACAAUAGACAUGGCGGAGAUAUUCCUCUCGACCAGAGAGCGACUAAAGUCUGGAUCUCACCAUCUUUCGAAGACACAUCGGUUUCAGUGUUCGGUGCCAGACUGUCAAAAAGCCUUCAGCCAGCGUGGUUCCUUGAAUAGACACAUGCGUUCACACUUGGGCAUUCGUCCUUACUCCUGUCCUCUCUGCACCAUGACUUUUUCCAGACAGUACAGGGUCACUGAGCACAUGCGUGUCCACCAGAGGAGCUGUGGCGACCCAUCUUAAUCCUUAUGUCCUUAAUUGAUACUAUACAAAUUUGGUAUAUUCAGAGCUUGUGUCCAACUCUGGUGCAAUGUACUGCAGAGUUGAGUAUUAUUUCUGGUUGGAAAAUAGCCCAAUAUGUGCCCAAUUAGGUUUGGUGAAUAGAAGGGACAUAAAUAGUGUAGGAAUGUUCGUGCAGAAUUCAAACAUUCAUUCAUCUUCUGUAACCAAUGAUCAGUAAUCUUGGGUUCUGGUGGGUGUGGAGCUCAGACAUAGUCACACAGUACUUUACAUUGCAUUGUGUAACCAGUCCACCUUCUGGCAUGUUUUAGGAAGUGAAAGGAAACCAGUCAAACUGAAGGAAACCUAUACAAACAGAGGUAGAACAUGUAGUCACUAACUGGAGCUCAAGGAUUGAGCUAGGGUCCUGAAGCUGUGAGGCAGCAGCACUACUUGCUGCACCAUGUGUCAUUAGAUGUCUUUAAUGGUUUACUAGAUGAACUUAAGGCAGUUCAUUUAGAUUUGCUGCCACCAGUCUUUGAAAAUGACCAGGAUGACCAGAAACACUUUAAGACAAUAGAAAUCAUCUAUCAGUUAUUGCACAUUAUUCAUCAAAGCAAAUUUCAUCCACAGUUUCCAAUUUCAUCUUUGGUGUGUGUGUGAAUUUGAGAGUGGCAUUUGGACAGCUUUUUGAUUUGUGGUUAAAUAGACAAACUCAGUCAUCAGUAAGAAUAGUAGGUAUAGUUCAUAAUAAAAAUGAUGUUGAUUAUAAUUAUGCACAUCGGAGUAUUAUAUUUAACAUGUAAUGGGAUUUAGGGUCUGUAUGUAAAUUGUCAGUGUGAAUCAGAGACGAAGAUGUGGAUCUGCUUAAUAGUUCUUGACUUCAGUUGAGUAACAGGUCCAUAUUCAUACAAAAGGCUCCAUAAAGCUUGGCUCUGGAUACAGAGUCUUGGACAAACCCCAUAGCUAUGCUAUUUAAAGACACCUGGCUGUACUCACCAAUGAUAGAGAAUUACCAUCUAAAAGAAGGUGGAGGAAAAACAAAGUGUGAUUCUGAUCUCCUUCAUUUUGCCUGUUCUCUGAUGUGACUUCUCUCAAGGCGUCCUUCUGCAAGGGAAGGCCGGAAACAUCUGCGUGCGAUCCAUAACAGCAUUUCUUCACUUCUUAAUCAAUCUCUUCCUCUAUCUUUAAAACAAACUCCAUUCAGUUUUAUUUAUAUAGCGCUUUUUACAGCAGACAUUGUCACAAAACAGCUUUACAGGAAUCCAGAUGCAGAUUUUUAUGAUUUAAUGAACAAGCCUCAUGUGACACUGGCAAGAAAAAUGACAAAAGGCAAAAAGGAAAUCAAAAGGGAAUCCAUCCUCAUCCUUGUGAUACUGGAUAGUCACACCGUUCUACUGAGUGUGAUAAAAGGAUCUUCUUUAAAUCAUUCUGUUUUUAAUCUUUAUUGUAUCCAAGUGAAGCUAUUCAAUCGAGACCAUCCAUAGCCAUCCUUGGGGUAUCAGUGUGGUAUCAUCCACAACAAUUUUUAGGUUAUCCAUAUGGAUCAAUCUUUCAGGAGCAGCAACCGAUUCUCAGGUGAAAGAAGAACCAAGCAGCAUCAGAAUGGCUCAGACGAGUCCAGAGGUCAGAAAUCAUCGGGCACCGGAG